AUGGCACGAGGGAGUGGACGUGGGCGUAAUAGGAGGCCGACUCGUUUUGCCGAUGGCUCCGCUGCUUGGACGCCCUCCGAACAACAAGAAGAUGUUCCACCCUCACCAGCCAGAAGUGUGCACCCACAGGAACACCCCGUCAACCCUGUUGGUAGUGCUCUGGAAACGGGAACCCCGGAAACUCCAAGGACAGGAACCUCGGGUGAGCCUAGGAUUCAGCCGAAUGAACCACUAAGUGCUUCUCAGAUGAUGGAAGCAAUGAUGCAACAACAAGCUACUUCCCGUUCAGAUAUGAUGAGAAUGAUGGAGAUGCAACAACGCUUCAUGGAACAGCAGCAACAAUUUAUGCAGCAACAGUUACAACAUCAGCGGCAGCAGAUGACUCCUCAGUAUUUACAGGGGGCUACAAGUCGGCAAGAGCAUCAUGUUAGUUUGGCAGAAUUCAAAAAGUUUGCACCUUCAGCUUUUAAAGGCACUUCUGACCCUUUAGAGGCUGAGACUUGGCUGAAUGAAAUGGAAAAGGUUUUCAACGCUCUGAGAUGCCCUGAUGAGGAUAGGGUUACUUUUGCUACAUUUAUGCUGCUGGGAGAAGCGGAUAUUUGGUGGAAUGUGGAAAGAGGAAAGAUGGGACAGAACGCUACAUCUUUGACUUGGGAAGGAUUUAAGGAGCUUUUCCGUGACAAGUAUAUUCCCCAAAGCGUGAGACGGCAGAAAUUUCGAGAGUUUACCCGGUUAGAGCAAGGGAAUAUGACGGUCGCAGAGUAUGCUGCAAAAUUUGAGGAACUGGCCAGGUAUGCCCCAGGACAGGUGGAGAAUGAAAGAGAACGAGCUGAGAAGUUUGAAAGUGGACUCAGAGCCCGAAUCAGACAACAGGUGUCUACCUUCGAGCUUUCUUCCUACAAGGAUGUGGUUAACAAGGCUUUGGUAGUUGAAAGGGGUUUGAAUGACACUCAAGAAGAGAGGGAAAGAAUUUUGAAAAAGAGAAACAGACAAGCUGAGUUACAAAAUAAGCAUGGCAAAAAUACUGAAUUCGGGCCCAAGAAACAAACUACUGGGAAUGAUAAGACUCAGCGCAAGGAUACUGUGAAAUGCUAUAGAUGUGGCGGACCCCACUAUCAGAGCGAGUGCAACUGGUUUAAUGGGAAUUGUUUUUCAUGUGGCCAACAGGGCCAUAGGGCAGACACUUGUCCUAAUCGCGGAGAGCAACAAACUCGACAGGCAUCUCAGCCUAUUCAGGGAGCUCCAACCAACCAAGCAACUCAGAAUGAACAACAACGAGGAGGACAGCAGAGGCCUAGAACUCAGGGGCGAGUCUAUGCUCUUACACAACACGAUGCUGACGCCUCUAACACCGUGGUGACAGAAAUAGUACAUUGA